CUAUGAAAUCUCCGUAAUCGAACGUCAUGAUGCUUCUCCUGUAGGGGGUGUGAUGAGGAGCAGAGUUUGGCUUUGGAGUGCUCGGAACCAGAGAAAUUGCCGAGGACUCGGAGCUCAGCCCUGACCAAUAGAGAGCCCACAACACGAUGAACAAAUUGAACUUCCAUAACAACAGAGUCAUGCAAGACCGUCGGAGUGUGUGUAUUUUCCUGCCCAAUGAUGAAUCUCUGAACAUCAUCAUAAAUGUUAAAAUUCUAUGUCACCAGCUGCUGGUCCAGGUGUGUGACCUACUCAGGCUAAAGGAUUGUCACCUCUUUGGACUAAGUGUUAUACAGAAUAAUGAACAUGUGUAUAUGGAGUUGUCACAAAAGCUUUAUAAGUAUUGUCCAAAGGAAUGGAAGAAAGAGGCCAGCAAGGUACGCCAAUACGAAGUCACUUGGGGUAUUGACCAAUUUGGACCGCCUAUGAUCAUCCACUUCCGGGUGCAGUAUUAUGUGGAAAAUGGUAGAUUGAUCAGUGACAGAGCAGCAAGAUACUAUUAUUACUGGCACCUGAGAAAACAAGUUCUUCAUUCUCAGUGUGUACUCCGAGAGGAGGCCUACUUCCUGCUGGCAGCCUUUGCCCUGCAGGCUGAUCUUGGGAACUUCAAAAGGAAUAAACACUAUGGAAAAUACUUUGAGCCAGAAGCUUACUUCCCAUCUUGGGUUGUUUCUAAGAGAGGGAAGGACUACAUCCUGAAGCACAUUCCCAAUAUGCACAAAGAUCAAUUUGCGCUGACUGCUUCUGAGGCUCAUCUUAAGUAUAUCAAAGAGGCUGUUCGACUGGACGAUGUGGCCGUUCAUUACUACAGAUUGUAUAAGGAUAAAAGGGAAAUUGAAGCUUCCCUGACCCUUGGAUUGACAAUGCGGGGAAUACAGAUUUUUCAGAAUUUAGAUGAAGAGAAACAAUUACUCUAUGAUUUCCCCUGGACAAAUGUUGGGAAGCUGGUGUUUGUGGGUAAGAAAUUUGAGAUUUUGCCAGACGGCUUGCCCUCAGCUAGGAAACUCAUAUACUACACUGGGUGUCCCCUGCGCUCUAGACACCUCCUGCAACUCUUGAGCAACAGCCACCGCCUCUACAUGAACCUGCAACCUGUCUUGCGCCACAUCCGGAAGCUGGAGGAAAAUGAAGAGAAGAAGCAGUACCGGGAAUCUUACAUCAGUGACAACCUGGACCUCGACAUGGACCAACUGGAAAAGCGUUCUCGGGCCAGCGGGAGCAGUGCAGGAAGCGUCAAACACAAGCGUCUGUCUCGUCAUUCCACGGCCAGCCACAGCAGUUCUCACACCUCAGGCAUUGAGGCUGAUACCAAGCCCCGAGAUCCUGGCCCAGAGGAUAGCUACUCUGGCAGUGCCAUCCACCGCAAAUUGAAAACCUGCAGCUCAAUGACCAGCCAUGGCAGCUCCCACACCUCAGGGGUGGAGAGUGGUGGCAAGGACCGACUGGAAGAAGACUCUCAGGAUGAUGAAAUAGAAAUGUUGGUUGAUGACCCCAGGGACCUGGAGCAGAUGAAUGAAGAGUCUCUGGAAGUCAGUCCAGACAUGUGCAUCUACAUCACGGAGGACAUGCUCAUGUCGAGGAAGCUGAACGGACACUCAGGGUUGAUUGUAAAGGAAAUUGGUUCUUCCACCUCCAGCUCCUCAGAAACAGUUGUCAAACUCCGUGGCCAGAGCACUGAUUCUCUUCCACAGACUAUCUGUCGAAAACCAAAGACCUCCACCGAUCGACAUAGCUUAAGCCUGGAUGACAUCAGACUUUACCAGAAAGACUUCCUGCGCAUUGCAGGUCUGUGUCAAGACACUGCUCAGAGUUACACGUUUGGAUGUGGCCAUGAACUGGAUGAGGAAGGCCUCUACUGCAACAGCUGCUUGGCUCAGCAGUGUGUUAACAUCCAAGACGCUUUUCCAGUCAAAAGAACCAGCAAAUACUUUUCUCUGGAUCUGACUCAUGAUGAAAUUCCAGAGUUUGUUGUAUAAAGCAUGUCUGCGGGCAGGCUGCUGUCUGCUGGAGGCUGUGAAAGCCAUGGGUUUCUCUUCCUGCUUGUGCCAUAUUUCCUUCAACCCAAAUAUAGCUCUUUCUUCUUAAUACUUGUGUUGGAAAUAAAAGCCUUGGGACAGUUGCACUUUAAGUAUUACACAGAGAUAAAAGAACUACAGAGAAUGUACAGCCAGACAAGUGCCCAGAAGUUCAUUGAUCCUAUGGAAGGAAAGCGCUUUACUCUUUACCAAGCCUUCAGAAUAUUGAACUGUUGUGUGUUCCUUCAUUUUUUUUUUUUUAAGUUCAGUUACACAUACCAUCACAUUUUAUAUCAUGUGGAAAAUGUUCUUAGGAAGUUCAUUUGCUUGUGAAUUUUUUGUUACCACUUCUUCAUGAAAUGCUCGUGGCUUGAAGAAGGAGAAAGAAUUGAAUUUCUUCUUUGCCUACUACAUAUAGCCAUUGCUGCCUCACUGGGGCCAUCCCAAAUCAAACAAACAAACACUAAAGAAGUUCUUAGAAUCAUGGGGUUCUUGUAAGCCAAAGACAUGUACAUAACAGGAAUGCUGCCGGGGUCACGAAGAUGUGGAUUCAGCAAUAACCAGUAGGCCGCAUGCUGCGAUGCCGCAGCUCCCUUGCGGCCACUCAGCGCCAUCCUCCUCCUGCUCAUGCCCAACACCCCAGCACUCAGCUGAGCUUUCAUCCCGGUCAUGGAUCCAUUGUGCUCACCUCAUAAAGAAUUUUGUGGAACUUAUAAAAUAGGUUUCUAUUAAAACUGAAAAUGUGUGUGCGCAGAGGUGGUGGUUUUUGUUUUUUGUUUUUUUUCUUUGAAAUCAAGAACAAACUAUGGUAGUACUAGUUUCUGCUUGCCUGAAGUAUUCCAGCUAUACAUAUUUGUAAUACAUAUAUAAAUCCACAAGGCUGUACGUACUUGUAUGUGUCUACAGCUUACUAAGUCUUCGUUUGGCCCUGUGAUUUGUAUAUGCUGUCUGUCUUAUUUAAUGUGGAGGAUGCAUCAUGGGAACAAUACCUGCAGACAAUCAGUUUUCUAUGUAGAGUUAAGAAUGACUGUUUCUCAUUUGUCUUUUGCCAUAGUUCUCAAUCCUGGCUGCAUUUGGGAGAAUUUGGGGACUUUCAAAAAUAUGACAAUAUCUGGUCCCAGCCCAGGCCAAUUCAAUCAGUUUCGGGUGGUGAGACCCAGGUGGAGUUGCUUUCCCUUGAAAAUUUCUCCAGAUGGGGCUAAUAUGCAACAGGAUUGGAAACAACUGAUCCAGAGGGCAGUCUUUUUAUUCAUUUUGAAGUUAAAAUAUAUACAAAAAUUGUUAGUAUUCAAGAACGGGCCAUUUUAAGAUGGUUGCUGCCAUUGCUGUAAAAAAAAAAUAGAAACAAGUCAAGAGAAGUGAACUUAUUAAUCCUUAGAGGUAGAGUUAUGGUAUUGCUCGCAAUUCAGGAGAGAAUUUUAGCACAAUGUCUUUCUAUGAGAUGUUUAUAAUGAUUUCCUAUUUUACAACAUUUGUUUACCAUAUUUUGAUAUACCAUUUUUUCUAUGUACCAGGUUUUAUUAAAAAACUAUUAUUUUCUAAAGAUGCAGUCAUAUUUUUAUACAAAAUUAAGUUUUCAGGUAACAAAGAAAUAGAUUUAGGGUGCAGCAGAGCAUGCAGUGUUACCCGUGGAUGGGAGUCAGUAUUAUAAACAUGGGAGCAUGAACAAGCUCCCGCUGUGUGUCCCCACGCGGAUGUGACAGGGCAGUGUUUACACCACAGGCCUGGUCUAAUUAGUUUAACCUGACACUUUAAAAGGAAAAAAUUCUAUAGAGUUCUGUAGUCAUGAAAUCAUUUUGCUUUAUCAUGUUUUAAGAGAACCAAAGUUUCAGAUAUCAGAAUGUAUAACAGUGUCUUGAUAUCUGUAUAAAAGGAUGAAAGAAUCACUUAGUGACUUUUACUUAUAGGUCAUUAACUAACUCAUCAUUUCUUACAGAUGCCUAAGUGACAAAUGCUCAUAAAAUUUGGCUUUAAAGAGCUUAGAUCCUGACGUGCGUUUCCUUAGCUCUUGGUGUUUCUUGCAAACAUCAAAAAAUAAUAAUUCAUUAGGUGGGUAGAUCUUUAUACUUUUUCUCUUUACUCCAACCAGAAUCAGGUCUUCAGGGCUUUGCCAGUGUUGGUGGCUUUGCACACCUUUCUAAUUGGACUUAAGAAGAGUCUUGUGGGUUUUCAAAAAUGAAAUAUGAUGCUACGAGACGUUUUAGCUUUUUGAUCCACUGUUUGCAGCAGGAUUAUACAUAUGUAUAUGAAAAUCCAUUUUGAAUAUCUUUUUGUAUUUGGAAGUUGUUUUAAAAAAUAAAGAAGGAAAAGAAAAGUGUAAAGCUGUUAUUUAUUCUGCAUUUGUUAAUAUCCAUUGCUAGUCAGUAUACCAAUUUGGUGUAUAUUGCCUCUACACAGCUACAUUUGUAUUUGCAACAAUGAGCUUUAUAUCUACAUUAACUGUAAAUAAUCCUUUCUGUGAAAGGAUCAUCAUAACAGGAUGAUACCAAAUUGUGUAAAAAAAUGCAUUAUUUUGUAAUUAUUUCUUAUAGGUAUUUCAUGGUAAG